AUGGGCGAUGCAGAACGAAUUCACAUUGGGGAUGAGGGUAAGGGCACUUCCCCAGCUCCCGAGAAGGGAGAUGUCAAUCGAGAUGCCAUCCGCGCUCUGGUCGAAGCCGAGUUGCUGGACAAGCGGUACGCCAGGACCCAGCGCGGCCUCAAAUCAAGACAUGUACAGAUGAUGGCCCUUGGAGGCACAAUCGGCACAGGUCUCUUCGUUGGAAGUGGUCUUGCACUCUACACAGGCGGGCCGGCCUUUUUGCUUUCCGCGUACAUCUUCAUGGGUCUUCUGGUCUUCGGCGUGGUCACGGCGGUCUCCGAAGUGGCGACGUACCUCCCCGUCCACGGCGGUUCUAUGAGCUAUUAUGCAUACCGAUAUUGUUCCCGAAGCCUGGGUUUCGCGCUUGGAUAUCUCUACUGGUACUCCAUGGGUAUUUUGGUGCCCAACGAAAUUACAGCGGCUUCAAUGGUCAUUGAAUACUGGCACCCGGACGUCCACGUCGCAGUCUGGAUCACGAUCCUCAUGGUUGUGAUUAUCGCCCUCAACUCCCUGCCUGUCCGCUGGUACGGAGAGUCGGAGUUCUGGUUCGCUGGACUCAAGGUCAUCGCUUUGCUCGGCCUGCUCAUGCUAUCCUUCAUUCUCUUCUUGGGAGGCGGGCCGCGGCGACAGCGGUUGGGAUUCCACUAUUGGAGGGAUCCAGGGGCAGCCAAAGAACACAUCCUCACUGGAGACACUGGCCGCUUUGUCGCGCUUCUUCAAACUGUCGUGCUAGGUGCCUUCGCAUUCCUCUUCGCUCCCGAGUUGGUUGUCACCACCGCAGGAGAGAUGGAGUCCCCCCGCCGCAACAUCCCCCAAGCAUCGCGCCGCUUCUUCUACCGUCUCCUCUUCUUCUACGUCUUCGGCGCCCUCGCCAUCGGCGUCAUCUGCCCCUCUAACCUCAAAGAUCUCAAGGAUGGUGGAUACGGUGCGGCCUCUUCACCAUUUGUGCUGGGCAUAAAACAUGCCGGCAUCCCUGUGCUGGACUCGAUCAUCAACGCGGCCAUCCUCCUCUCCGCCUGGAGUUCCGGAAACUCUUACCUCUACAUGUCCUCUCGAUCGCUCUACUCCCUCGCUGUAGCAGGCAAUGCGCCCAGCAUUUUCAAGACCUGCAACCGCUAUGGUCUCCCCUACAUGGCGCUGAUAGCCAGCUCCCUCUUUUCACUUCUAUCCUAUCUCACUGUCACUAACAACAGCUCAACCGUCUUCCUGUGGCUGGUCAGCUUGACGAAUACUUCCGGAUUUAUCAGUUGGACGUGUUGCUGCAUCAUAUACUUCCGCUUCCGCAAGGCGGUCGAUGCUCAAGGUGUCGAGCGGCCGUACAAGUCCGUCAUGCAGCCCUGGGGUGCCCGGGCGGGCAUCGUCGGAUUCCCAUUUCUCGUUCUGCUCAAUGGAUUUUCGAACUUCUUCCCUUCCAACUGGACAGUUGCCGGGUUUUGCACGUCUUACAUCGGCCUGCCGGUGUUUUUGGUAAUAUACUUGGUCCACCGCUUCUGCAGUAGAAAUGAACCCUGGCUCUAUUCUCCCUAUGAUGUCGAUUUGCAAACAGGCCUUGAGGAGAUUACUGAAGCCGAGAUUACUCCGAAAAUGCGAAAAGGCUGGAUUGGGUAUAUUACUGUUUUGUGGGAGUAA